AUGUCGCCCGACGCCCAAAGCAACGUCCGCGUCUUUGUUCACUGGUGCGAACAGACCGUCUUCGCUGGCGAGGAGGUCAAAUGCACAAUCACCUUUAAGAAUGUCGCCCCGGAGCCCCAUCAGCAAAAACACACGUCGUCGCAGCAGCAGAAGCCCCCGCCGACGAGCGAGCGCCAGAGGCUCGUCUCUCCCUUGCAAAGCCGCGCAAAGGCCGCCUCAGGCCUGACGUCGCCGCCGCCCGCCGGCUCGGUCAGAGGUCAUCGUCGCUCGGCCUUGUCGCUGAGCGUCCCGGCUCCCAGCUCCCACAGCCGGUCGGGUUCUAUACAAUGGCCGCACACGCCAAGCAGCGGUGACUGGCGCUCCGGCCACGCCCACAAGCGAUCCGUCUCCAUUGUGUCGAUUGGCUCUGCGAGCGCCGCCGAUGACCAUGGCACUCGAAACGAGGGCGGUCCCAAACCCCAACGGCCUCACCGUGGCCACGGCCGGGCAGCCAGUCUGCAGAUCCUACCCCGGGCACAGUCCUCGACGGCCUCGGGGCCGCAGUCAGCCAUGUCGUCAGGCUCCGAACCACAGGAGACCCCGAAGAGGUUACCAGGGCAAGGCUUGCUCAGUCCACAGGACGGAUCAAACGAUCACGGCAACCUGAGCCACCGACCAAAAGAGCAGCCACAAGCCCCCAACGACCGUCUCUCCGCCCGGCUCCUGUCCAGCACGAGCGCGCCUGGAGGGACACCGCGCAGCAGCGGCGAGUUUUACUCUGUGAGCAAUCAUUCGUCAGAGACCCUGGCGUCCGAAUACGUAACCCAUCCCCUGAUGAGGGGCAACAACGGACGCCAGCCCCAAAUGCGCCGAAGCUCGGGCAUGGCCUUGCAGCAAACGCGAGCUCCGGAAUCUCUCAUGAUGGGCUACGCUCAGAUACUAGGCUCCUUCUCCUUGGACGGCUCGCUGAUCAGCUUGGGGCCGUUUGAACAAGUCAAGAAAAAGGCGGCGGUCGGUGGGCGAGGCGGAGGAGUUAUCGGCUUGGAGCCUUCGAAGCGAGAGACUGGACUUUUACGGAGCUUUGGUUGGGGCAACAUCAGCAACACCAUCGGGGACCUAUGGGGGGGAGGAGAGCUGAGCACCAUCAAGGAGAUACGCGGAGUGGCCAACUCCAAAUCGGUGCCUCUCCUGAGCACUCCCCAGUCCAUCCUGUUUGUCGAUCUGCAACUGGCGCCUGGAGAGAGCCGAUCAUUCGAGUACUCCUUCAAGCUACCAAAGGGGCUGCCGCCAACUCACAAGGGCAAAGCGGCCAAGUUCUCGUACAGUCUUGUGAUUGGGACGCAGCGGGUUGGCGGCGUCAAAGAACAGCACGUGCGGUCGGUCGAAGUACCGUUCCGCGUCCUGGGCAGUGUUAACGGCCACGGUGAGAUUCUUGGACACGACCUUAUGAAUCCGUACGUCCUCUUACGAGAUGACGCCGAGGUAAAGAGCCUCGGAAAGGGCAAGAAGGAGGUGCAACAAAAGGCACCGGGUGAUUUGCCAACGACGGGCCAUGAGUUUCUCGCCUACGUGGAUGAGCUGGUGGCAAGUCGGAAAGACGCGGCUAUCUUGCUGUCGCCAACGGAAGCGAGCGACCCCAAGCGGUCGCCGGCGCUCGAAGAGGCCACGAGCGCCAAGGACGCAAUCCACCUUGCCAUCAUGAGGAGCAACCUGGCUGUCGACGGACAGCAGAGCCCCAACCGGUUCGAGAUUGCACGAAACGGGCAGCGCGUGGGCGUCGUCAUGCUCACGCGGUCCGCCUACAGGCUGGGGGAAGUCGUCACCAUGGCCAUUGACUUUACCGAUGCCGACGUACCCUGCUACGCGGUUCACGCGACCCUGGAGACAUCGGAAAAGGUGGAUGUGGCGCUGGCGGUACGCUCAGAGUCGAGCAUUCACCGGGUCACGCGCAAAGUGUACGCCGCAUCAUCCGAAGCCGCCCUCUACUCUCGACGCGUCAUCUUCUCCCCGACGAUUCCCAUCACCGCCACGCCCGAGUUUGUGACGAGCAGCAUCAGCUUGGACUGGAAGAUUAGGGUAGAGUUUGUGGUUCCAUAUCAGGGCAGCGAGACGUCGGGUUCUGAGGAGCCGCAAGUUCCGCACCCAUUGUUGGAGCAGAUUUCCCAGGACGAAAAGGGGGGGCUGGUGCUGGUGGCAGUGGAGAGUUUGGCCUGCGAAAGCUUUGACGUGUCGGUGCCGUUGCGCGUGUAUGGGGCGGUUGGCAGUGGGUUAGAGCGCUUGGAGCGGGAUGAGGCUUCGGAGCAGGGCCUGGCGGUAUGA